UGUGAAGAUCACAAGCCCUAUCACAUGCUGCCUCCAAGACUUAGUGAAGAUCUCUGUAGUUUGCGCAGUGGGGAAGAUAAGCUGACAAUAUCUGUUAUUUUCACCAUAAACAAAGAUGGUUUAUUCACCAAAGAGCCUAGCAUUGUGGAAUCUGUCAUAUUUUGUGACAAAAAUUUGAAUUACAAUGAAGUGGAGCAAAUAAUUGAAGACCAGACAACAACCAAGGAGUUUUUUCCUGUGAAAAUGCUUUAUGACCUGUCACAUGCUCUCCGUAUUAAGCGUUUAGGAACCGGAGCUUUUUUCCUUUAUGAUGCUGACCAUUUGCAAGAUUCAUCAAACUUUAAGAGCCACCAGUUAGUGGAAGAGUGGAUGAUAGAAGCAAACAAACAUGUGGCAGGAGUCCUUUUGAAGGCAUACCCUGACAGCACAAUUCUGGUGCAACAUCUUCCUCCAAGGGAAGAAUUAUACACCAUUUGGAAAGAUAACUUCAAGCAUUUCCUGCCAAAUAUGCUUUACUUUGACCCCCAUAGAUUACAAUUGCCAUGUCUUGGUAAUGUUCCACAAUAUGUUAUGCCUAAGGUUGAAAUAAAGGAAGACAUAUGGAAAGCAAUAGAGAAUGCUGUUAAUUGUGAUGACUGGAAGACCGCUUUCACUCUUGUUUGUCAGGAGCAAAAGCAUCCUCAGCAUGCCCAUGUAUUACAACAGUGGUUCAGUAUUCAGAUGCACCGAAGAGUCACUUGUUCUGCUUAUGUUAAACCUAAUGAAAUAGUACACUCUGGAAUGAACAUAGGACCUUAUACCCAGUUUACUUCUCCAGUGCGCAGAUACAUUGAUCUGAUUGUGCACAGAUUAUUGAAAGCACAUUUGGGGAACAUGGCAUCCCCAUAUAAUUCAGAAGCAGUUCAGAAAAUAUGCCAUCUCUACAAUCUUGGUGUACUGAAACAGAAACAUUUUAGUAAGGAUUGUGAUUGUUUAGCCUAUGCUUUUAAAUUGUCCAGUGACCCUGUAAGGCCUCAUUAUACAAUAGUAGAGGCCAUGGAAGAAGACCACAUUCUGUUCAGAAAUCCAGAUUACAAUUUUGUCCCAAAGAGAUGUGAAACAAUCAAAUAUGCAUCCCUUUCCUUGCAAGAAAAGCCUGAAUUGCCAGAGGAUAAUAAAGCAAGAACUGUGCUGGCUUGGGGAAAGCGAAUUUAUGACCAAAUACCAAAUGAAAGCCAGGCAUUAUCAGUAAGCCAAACAGAACUUGAUACAAAAAGGCAUGUCCGUCAGAUUGCAGGCAGGGAUUGGCAGAUCAUGUUAGACAAAUUCAUGAAGGGGGACCAAGAUGGGUCAAAAAAUUUUCUUCAGAAAAUUGUGAAAAAUGUGAAACGGAGGCAAGUGGAUCCUUAUCUAACCUCAGAAUCACCAGGUGGCGGAAUGAUUUUUGAUCACUUCAAACAGUUUUCUCUAUUGCUUAAAGGGGGAGAUGUUUUAAAGUUAUUUUUCACAGCUGAGAUUGAACGAGGAUUUCUACGUCCAAGGGUACAGAUUUUGAGUUUGACUGACCAGUUUCAUUUGUGUGUGCACCAUAAAGAGAACCCUAUUAUAUGUUUCGAGGAUAUGGCCAGUAAGGCUAGCAAAGAACGCUACCGUGACAUAGAUGAAUACCAGCAGAUUUGGCGCCCAAUCCUUUCCAUGGAGUCUGCCUAUGAAGCAGUCAAGUCUGAUGAAUCUUUUUACAUAAACAAUGUUAAAAUCACUUGGAUACAAGAUGAGAAAAAUAAUCUGCCAGUAUACAAAGGUCAGUUUAGCCUCGGUAAAGAGUUUUGCAAGCAAAGACAUAUUUUUUUCAUGAAAGAUGUGAACGGAGAUGAAGUGGAAGAUUCUGAUGCUGAUGAGGAUGAAGAUGAAAGUGACAGCGAGGAAACCAAUGACCUGGAGCAUUUUUCAGAGUAUUUGUGCAUCAUUUGCCCAAGGAUUCCAGCUGCAGCACAAACUUAUGGAGAGAGGGAACAAAUGGGGGAGAGGGACAAAGGUGAAAGUUACAUCUGGACUGGACAUGGAGUGAUUACUGGUGUGAAAGAGCAAGGAAGUUACAUUCAUUUUAAGCUACAUGAUAAGUCUUGUCACCCUACAGAGAAAAUGCUACAGCAGCCAAGUGUGUGUACGUUAGAAGUGAUUCCAAAGACUUCAACAGAUAAGAGGAUGGAACAUGCCAUUGAGAAUCUAGACAAGGCAUCUACAUUAGCAAAAGGCAUUGCAACUGGAAACUUAUCAGAUAUUGACAAAACUAGGGAAGGGAUUAAAGUGCCCAAAGAAUUCAUUGAAGACAGCCAGAAGAAACUAGAAAGAUACAUUGCAAAAAUGAACUUUAGUCAGAAGAACGCUGUUACUGAAGCACUGAAUUCUCCUUUUUCACUCAUACAAGGGCCACCAGGAACUGGCAAAACCUGGACAGCACUUAACAUGUUGUACAUCUUGAAUGAAUGGAACAAACAAGGGUUGAACAAUGCAGAUCCUGACACUUCUCCAAAGAUCUUGGUGUGUGGGCCAUCUAACAAAUCUUUGGACCAUUUAGCAUCUAUGAUGAUGUAUCAUUUUAACCAGAAAGACAAGGAAAACAUUUGUCCAAACUUUGUUCGUGUGUAUAGUGAUACAAUUGUGUCCCAAGAUUUUCCCGUUCCUACCCAACCUGUACACAGGAGAUCAUGGAAAAAAAUGUCUACGAAUGGAGAUGAAGAGGAUGACACUGAAAUUGAUGUUCACUGCAUACCUCAGAGUCUUCACUACUUGAUCAGGGAAUGUUCAAACCGUUAUAGCAAGAAGAUCCUUCAAUUUGAUGAGAUGUUCAAAACGGAACCUCUUCUUGUAACCCAUGAAGAUGUGACAAAAUAUAAAGCAACAGUGGCCAAGGCAGAACAGGAGGCUCUACAGCAAGCGGAGGUCAUCCUCUGUACCUGCUCUGUCAGUGGUAGCCAGAAAUUGACUGGUUUAAACUUCAGGCAGCUUAUGAUAGAUGAAGCAGCAAUGUGCAUGGAACCAGAAACAAUGGUGCCAAUAGUUGCUUCAAAUGCUUACCAAGUAAUCCUUCUCGGAGACCAUCGUCAGUUACGUCCAGUGGUUCCUCUGAAAGCAGCAAGUGAUCUGGGUCUUGCCUUGUCAUUGUUUGAAAGAUACUCCUAUAAGGCUAUGAUGCUUAAAACUCAGUACAGAAUGCAUGAAACCAUAUGCCAGUUUCCAUCAGAGAAGUUUUAUGGGGGAAAACUAGAGACAGAUUCAUCACUGAAAGGAAAGUCACCAGAGUUGGAAAUUUGGUCAGGAAGGGACGAGCCCCAAGCUAUUGUAUUUUGCUGUACUGAAGGAAAGGAGACAACCCUGCCUGUUGCCACACGUGAAGGGAGCGAGAGAUCUAAGAGCAACGAAGAUGAAAUGAAACAUGUUGUGCGGAUGUACAAAAAUCUAGUCACAAAACACAACAUUGAACCCUCCAAUAUUGUGGUCCUGUCCCAGUACAAAGCUCAGGUGUAUGCUAUAAAAAAAGAACUGGAAAAAAUAAUACCUUACCCAAAUGUCAGCACUGUAGUAGGAGCACAGGGUGGGGAGUGGGACUAUGUACUCCUGAGCACAGUUCGUUCUCUCCCAGACUAUGAUAUACUUGAGAGGCCAACUCUUGGAUGGCGCAAAAAGAACCUUGGUUUUAUCAUAGACUCUAACCAGGUCAAUGUGGCACUAACAAGAGCAAAGAAGGGACUCAUUAUUGUUGGAAAUGACAAUCUGCUUAAAGUUGACAAAGUAUGGAAGUCACUGUUGGAAUAUUACCAGGAAAAGGGAUGUGUUGUAAAUGCUGAGGAUUUUCUCCCUGAAGAGAUAGAGAUGCCUCUAAUAGAAAGACCCAAGAGGAAAACACCUAAAGACCAAUAUGAAAUGUUCGCAGAUAGAAAGAAGUUCAUUGCAGACCUUCCACCCAGAUUUAGAAACCAUGAAAUGUUUAGAGAUCAUGUGAAACCUAAAAUGAAUUUAAAUGAGGAAAAUUAUACAGAUACUGAAGUGGCCAGUUUAUCAACAAGCACAGGGACUAUAAAUAGUUCGCUGUCUUCUCAGAGUAGAGGAACGAGCACUCCAGGAACACCUCCAUGUUUUGACUAUGAAAGCAACAUAGCUGGUGAACUAUACUAUUACCAGUUCUGGGUGGAUGAGCAGGGUGGUAUUUUGACUCUCCCUGGAACAGGGGUUUCCUUGUAUGUACCACCAGGAGCCUUAGAAAGCCAAACAUUGAUAACUCUGGGGAUUACCAGAAGAGAACAAGACAAGCUCCCAGUUGGUCCUGAUCAGGCACAAACAUCCCCUGUGGUAUUUUGUGAGCCCCAUGGAUUGAUGUUUAAAAAGAUGAUCUUCUUAACCAUCAGUCACUGCAUUCCUGAUGUACAUGGACUAAAUACCCAAAAAAACAUCUGGAGCUCAGAAACGGGGUUUGAUGAAUGUUGUGACUGGAAACUGCUGAAGGACAAUUAUUUUUCUAUGUUCCUACACAACAGGUGUAUAAUUGGCCUGCACCAUUUUACCAAACACAGCACCUCAUGCAACAAAAAGAAGAUGCAGGUGCAAGCCUAUGGGCAAUUGUAUGAUGUAGAAAGACGAAAACUUAAUCUAAAUGUUCACUGCAUAGCAGAUCUGCCAGAUGAAAGAGAGAAACUUGAAAAAGAAAUGUCAAAAUUGCAGUUCAAGUAUCUUGACUAUCGCUGUAUCAUUGUAUACUUGUGUGAACAUCACAAGGAAUGUAGUGGACUUUGUCUGGAAAUUGGUGAAUUUGAAAACUGUUGGAAAUUAACUAGAAAAGAAGAUCAUAUUCAGGAAGUCAGCUAUUUGGAUCUAGUUGAAGAUAUAGAUACACGUGCAGUAUUUCGUUUGGAGCCUGCUGACGGCCAGUGCCCCAGUGUCAUUGAGUGUGAGAUAAAGAUAUACAAAGCUCAACUGGAAAAUGACGAUAAUACCUGUAAAAAAAUAGUAAUAACAAAGAUGCUUAAAGAGCUCCUUAUGGCUGGUGAUUCUUUAAAGGCACUGCCAAAUGGUAAUCAUUCUGAAUACAGAAAUUUAGUUUCAAAUCAUAAUGCCAAACGUGAUGAAAAUACACAAAGGAAAGAAGCUUUUGAACAGUCUUUGGAAUAUGGAGAAAUGAAUGGGAAUUCAGAAUUGCCAUAUGAAGGGCCAAGAAAACCACAAAAUGAAGAAACAACAAGGAAAGAGCUGGAAGAAUCCUUUACAAGAAGAGGAGAUUCAGUGUCAGAACAUAUUAACUCCCAUUAUCAGUUGAUGCCAAAUGGGACAUUGCAGACCGCAGUAAAAUCACCAGAUGUUCGACCAAAAGUCAGACAGGGAGAACAUGAUUCUAGGAGGGAAUUGCCUUACACUGUAGAAUUGGCAGAAAGUGUCUCUGGAUCAGUCAAUCCUGAAAUCUCUUUGGAACAAAGCUUUGAGGGGUCACUAGUUCAGUAUGGUGCAGCACACGGUCAACAAUAUGCAGCUCAGUCUGACAGCCAGUUCAUUACAUGUGAAUUGUGGGAUUCUUUAAGUGAUGAAUUUAAAAAGGUCAAUGUUUGGGGAGGUAUUUUGAAACAUCUAAAUGGUCCACCAAAUUGUCCCAUCCCCUAUGUUGUCACCAUGGAAGUCAUAUUCAAUACGUUGUUAAAGGGAGAUGUGAGACGCCUGUAUCUCUUAUGCAUGGAUUUAUGCAAUGAAGCUCUUCUUGAAGGAGACAUCAUCAACCAAGUGAAGGAAGCAUGCCGAUAUAAGCUUGAGAAGUUGAAAAUUAUAAGUAGUUUUCGUUAUUUGAUUUGUACAAUGAACCCAGAAAUGAUGAGGAACCAUUUGGUGGCCGCUGGGAUGAUAGAACAUUAUGAAGAAGAUCAAUUUAAUGGGCCAAUGACUGAGGCAAACAGGAAACUGUUAAAUGUUAUUUUGAAGGCAGAAAUGGACAAACGUCCAUAUUCUACUUUACGUAAAGCACUACUAGAUGAAAACCUUUCUGAUUGUGCAAAUAAACUGAAAGUGAGAGAAGCUGAACUACAUCAAUUUUUUUAUCCGCAUUCACCACAGCACAUUCUAAGAGUGGGUUCCCAUGCCUAGAGAUCGAUCUAACUCCCAUGGGAGUCUCACUAAAUUGCUAUCAAAUAACCGGUUUAAAUGUCUGUCACGCCUACCCAAUCAGCUAGGGGAUAAAGAUAACUAUCCCCAAACAGCUUUACUAGGCAUGACAGACAUUUAAGCUGGUCAAGUUGACAAAAAUUUAGUGAGACUCCCCAGGGAGAUAGAUCGAUCCAAAUAUCUGUGGGAAUGGUCCCUAACUAUUGAACUCCUGCAGUGGAUUUGCAACCAUAACAGUAGACCAAUGGACAAGAGGAGACUAAGAUGUUUUUACGUUAAGAAUUGUCAGAACCAAAACAAUUAUGUAACAAACCUUGAUACAUUUUGUCAAAUAUAAAUGAUUAGGGCUUGCAAGAUUUGUAUCAUCUCAAGAACAUUGCUUAAUUAUUGCACUAGUCUUAUAACUCAGUUCAAAUUUUAUGUAAUUUUUUUUUUUUAAUGUCUUAUGCAUACAUUAAUUUUUUUUUAAUUUUACAAAUUUUACAG